AUUUUAACAGGAACGCUAAUUUCCGUAAGAAUGUCGGUCUUUAAUAAUAUCUCGUCUGUGUGCUCGAGUGUCAGUGUCAAGGUCUAACCAGACCAAACCAAACCAGAUACAAAUACAUAAGUUAGUGCGUGAAGAGCAGUGGAAUGGUUCUUGUUUGUACUACAAACUAUUUUUGAGUACGCAGUAAUUAUUUAAAAAAAAAAAAUGCUGUCAGGACAGUUUGUUCGUAGCAUUCAGUUGCGUGCAAUACGAUAUUUUACUCGUAGCAGUAUUUUAAGAGAAAUUAAUAAAGUAGAUAAAAUUCCUGCACAAAAAAGCAAUGAAAUUACAAAAGAAGUUAUAGGUUCACGCAUGCACCGUGUAACUAAUUUUGACAAGAGAAUACUUGUUUGGGUAAAACGAUAUCCGAGCAUUGCAGAUGUUCCUAAGGAUGUUACAGUGGACUGUAUACUUAGUGCAAGAAGUAAAGCACGAAUCAAGACAUGUAAUUAUAUGAUAGUUUUUACCAUAAUUGGUUGCAUAGGCGCUGUAUUACUUGGAAAACGAGACGCUAAAAGAGGAGUAAGUUUGAUUAAACAAAGAGAAGAGUGGCUCAAGCAAGUAAACGAAGAAGAUAAAAAGAAAUAGAUAUGUAAAUAUUAGGAAAAUGUAGAAAUCUUUAGGACAAAUUUUCUGAGAGGUACAGAUGGAUAUUAUAAAUCUCGAUUGAUUAUUUUAAAAUGAGAUU